AAAGUCUUUCCUCCCCCACAGAAAAGUAUUGUUUCACCUGAUAGCUUUGGUGAUAAAGGAAUGAGGGAGCUGCAAUAGCUCAGAGUUAGAGGAAAAGUUAACAGUUGUUCUGCUUCAGUUUUAGAACUGCAGGCAAUUGGCAGCACAGCUCUCUCUCUCUCUCUCUCUCUCUCUCUCUCUCUCUCUCUCUCUCUCUCUCUCUCAACAGACUGAAAAGGGCUACUGGCUAAGGAAAAACAACAACAGUAGUUUGACUUAGUUUCUGAAAAAUUAAAGGCUGUUCAGGGUGGAAAGACUUUCAUGCUGGCAUUUUGAAUUACUUUUUGAAAGCAGCUCUUCUGCACUGAGACAACUUUAUGAGACAGGAGGUAGGGGCACGACGAGUUUUUAAGAAGCACCUUGUGUUUUAUUUUAUUUUUAUUUUAAUGAGGGUACAGGGCAUGACAAGGGAACUCAAGGGAAGCUUUUGAAGAGCAGCAGCCGCAGCAGCAGCAAACAAGAUGGGUCUGUUAAGUGUGGACCUGUUGAUCACGCUUCAGAUACUGCCGGUUUUUUUCUCCAACUGCCUCUUCCUUGCACUCUAUGACUCGGUGGUCCUCCUGAAGCACAUGGUGCUUCUCCUAAGCCGCUCCAAGACUGCACGUGGCGAGUGGCGGAGGAUGCUCACAUCAGAGGGGCUGCGCUGCGUCUGGAACAGCUUCCUCCUAGACGCCUACAAGCAGGUGAAACUGGGCGGAGAAGCUCCUAACUCCAGUGUGAUCCACAUACCUAAUGGCACUGGUGACAGCAACAGCAGAUGGAAGGGCUCCAGUGGAAGAUAUGGUACCGAGUGCCACCUCCUAGAUUUUGCCAAAUCAGAGCGCCCGCUGGUGGUCAACUUUGGCUCAGCCACCUGACCACCCUUCACAAACCAGCUGUCAGCCUUUGGCAAGCUGGUGGAAGAGUUCUCUGGUGUGGCUGACUUUCUGUUAGUCUACAUUGAUGAGGCUCACCCAUCGGAUGGCUGGGCUGCUCCUGGUAUCUCAUCUUCUUUUGACGUGAAGAAACAUAGGAACCAAGAAGACAGAUGUGCAGCAGCUCGCCAGCUUCUGAAGCAGUUUUCCUUGCCACCUCAAUGCCAGAUAGUAGCUGACUGCAUGGAUAAUAAUGCCAACGUGGCCUAUGGAGUCUCUUUUGAGCGUGUGUGCAUUGUACAAAGACAAAAAAUUGCCUACCUAGGGGGCAAGGGUCCCUUUUUCUACAACCUUCAGGAAGUUCGACUUUGGUUGGAGCAGAACUUCAGGAAGAGAUGA